UGUGCAACCGAUAUCGAAGAGGGCUGAUUUCGAAAAGUGGACAGAAGAACAGUAUCGGAGAGGUUCAAUACCAGCCAUUAUCUAUUUGCAUAGCAACAACACGCGCUAGAGAACCACUUUAGAACAAGAACAAAAGGAAAUAAUGGCUUCUGUCAAGAUUUUCAGUUUGGCUGUCAAGACACUGGCAAAACCUAUAGCCAACACUAUUAAAGCUCAAGCUACGCAACAUGAAACUUUCCGUAACAUAUGCAUUGGCCUUGCACAGAGGAUGCAUAGGACAGAAGCGAGGAUGAGAAUGGGGUUACUGAACCAGGAAGCGGGUAAUAUCAAGCCUUUGAACGAUACCAGAGCGAUUCAGAACGGCGCUACAACAUUAGCAGAAACUUUUCUCUUCUUCGUCGGUGCAAGUCUGAUAGUAGGCGAAUCUGUUCGGUCGGCGCGGAAAGAUACAAGACGGCGAGAUCAGGUGCAAGACCGGUUAGAAACGCUAGAAGAGGAGGUGAAGCGUCUAAGUGAACAGCUGGAGAAGGACAAUCAGAAUGGGGUGAAAGGGAUAGAUGAGAUUCGGGAACGGAGUGAGAGAAUGGAGCAAGUGUUGAGCACGAUUGUCAACAAUGGAUUAAAAGCGGGGUGGACAGCGUUAGGGCAUAAAGAGGGAGAAGGUCCAGUGCGAGAAGGACAGGUGUUGAAGAUCUUGGCAGAGUCUGGGGGUCAACUGCCAGAAGUAAGCGCAGAGUAAAGACAAAAGGCGUGGGUCUGGCUUUGGCGCUUGCUGCUUGUGGAGGAUGAAAGAGUCAUAGAUCUCGAUCAGGAAGGAGAAUACGUAGAGGUUCAGAACUACAGUAUUAUAAUUGCAUAUGGCAAAUGGCAGAAUCAGCAUAGCACGUUGUGUUGCAAAAAAUGUAUGAAUGAAAGGGACGUGGUAGGUGUGCAAUCGAUGAUAAGCACAGUCGGUCAAGACGUCCACUGGCCACAGGAGCGAUCAUAGUUUGUACAUAAUUAGUAGAUGAACCUGGAUUCUGA